GUUCAUCAGGAGGAAGAAACUGAUAAGGUGUUGAAGACAAAAGCAAUGAAAAUGGCAACUUCAAGAAUUGUAUUGUGGGUGUUUAUGAUGAUGAUGAUUGGUAAUCUGACAGAAGCAGCCAACAUCAAUCUCACUAGCGUUGCCGGAGCUCCACCUCCAUAUAAUGAUUCGUGGUGUACUCCUCCUCGUCCUGGGUGCACAAAAUGCUGUCUAUGCAGUACUAUAUCAUCGGUAAGUGUCUGUGUACGUUGUUGCGGCAACCAUGAGAUAGAGACUAGUUGGAGUCCCUCCCCCUCAAAGACUAGGGCAAAGACAACCCCCUCAGAGACUAGUGCGAUGACCGCCUCCUCCCCGGAGCGGUUGAAUGUAUUAUUGCAAGGGAUAGUGUUGUUAUAA